UCCAAACCCGUAAACCCAACAUUAAAUAUCUCUCCUCUUAAAUUAAAACUUGAGAAACUAAAACAGAAAGCACUCUCCAUCUUUUUUCUACUUUCCAGCUAAGAAGAUGACAACUCUCUUUUCUCACCCUCAACUCCUCCUCCUUCUCCUUCUACCACUCUUUCUCAUCCUUUCGCCACCAUCCGCCACCGCACAAACACCACCCGUGUUCCGGUGCACCACCAGGUCUACAUGUAGGGCACUAGUUGGCUACAUCUCGCCCAACACCACUACACUCGGCCACAUACAAUCCCUCUUCGAAGUCAAAACUCUCCGUUCUAUCCUAGGAGUCAACAACCUCCCUCUCAACACCCCAUCAAGCUACACAGUUAGAGCUAAUUCAACGGUCAGGAUCCCUUUCCCUUGCCGCUGCAACAACGGUACAGGAAUGUCUAACCGUGUACCUCACUACACUGUAGUACAAGAUGAUGGGCUCUUCCACAUAGCUAAUCAGGUGUUCUCGGGUCUACUGGAUUACAAUCAAAUCGUGUCCGUUAAUCGCAUCAGGGAUCCUAAUCUUAUCUACGUGGGCCAGAAGUUGUGGAUCCCACUUCCUUGCAGUUGUGAUGACGUGGAUGAAAACCCGGCGGUUCAUUAUGCACACGUGGCCACGGUUGGGAGUACUGUAGGUCAGAUUGCGGCAGAGUUUGGGAUGAGUUCGGAAAGUUUGAUGAGAGUGAAUGGUAUUUCUGAUCCUAGGAGCCUCGUUGCUGGCCAAGUUCUUGAUGUCCCAAUUAGAGCUUGUAGUUCAAGUGUGAACAGCAGCUCCCCUGACUCCUCCAUGCUAGUCGCCAACGGCACUUACGUAUUUACUGCCAACAACUGUGUUAUGUGCAGUUGUGCCGCCACAAAUAACUACACGCUGCAAUGUCAACCAUCAGGACUUAGAGCAGCAAAUUGGCCUACAUGUCCUGCUAUGCGAUGUCCUAAUUCAAAUUUGUCACUUGGUAACUCGACUGCUCCAUCUAGCUGUGGUCGCACAACUUGUGCCUAUGCUGGUUACAACAGACAAACCAUUCUAACAACCCUUGCUGUUGAAAACACUUGUCAGGCCCCAGGAUCGACUGGUGACAGCAACCGAGCUCCGGUGUUACAUUCAGGUGGUUGGAAUUUGGGUAUUGUUAUGCUAUGUCUUCAGAUGAUCAUGCUACAGAGAUUUCUGUGAUUCGUUUAUACUUGGAAAUCUUAUUGUGUGUUGUACUACAUUACAACUUUCAUUUUGUUUUUCUUUACUGGGUACAUGUUUUCUUUUUUUAAGAUUGCUAAAAUUGGAUUUAGUGUUGUAGGUGGUAAAUUGUUUUGCUUCUAUAUAUGGUUCAAUAAAAAUGUUUUGAAAUUCGAUUUAA